CGGAAAUUCGCGAGCAUUCCAAGCCAUGCUGGACACGCCGGCGAUGCCCGCCGGAGAUUGCGAAAAGGAAACCGCUCACAAGCGCAUCUUCACGGAAUUCAUGGUCGGGGUGGCACGGUUCGAGGAGCUCGUGGAUGGAGGGAGGCAAUUCCUCGCAAGAUUCCAGCAGGAGCUAGACUAUUUUCGGAGGCCGCCGGUUGAAUCCGAUGUUAUAGGUGAGAUAGUUAGAUCUAACUGCACCGAUAGGAUGAAGUCGUAUCUGGAAGCAGGCUGCAGCCUUCACUGCCAGAGCAUCUCCAACUUGAGCCAGUUACAUUCAUGUGAGGCAGAGCUCCAAGGUUAUAUAAAUAAAGUGAAUGCACUGGUCGAAGAACUUCAAUGCCUAUUGGAAGAUGCCUAUGCCGCUACACGAACAUCCAAUCUAAGUGCUACAAAAGUUUCAGGCUAUACUGUUGCUGAUAACAGCAUGAAUGAUGCAUCUCACUUCACGGAGGAAAAGGAGGAGCAGCCUUUAGAUCAACUAGACCGCGAUUCAUCACUCGUUAUGGUGAUGAUCCUUGUCCAUAACAUGCUGAAGCUCGACUACACAAUGCAGGAAAAGAUUGUCAUGUCACUGUCCCUUAAGUCAUCAUCCACAGAGCUCCAGAGCUACUGCCUUAUGUGGGAUUUGCGGCCCUACAUUGACGGCAAAGUGAUGGAUCUCGCGUGGAAAUCGUGCCCAUGAAACCCUUCCGCCCAUGGUUGUUGGUUCACAACUUCACAUACGGCAGACUUGCCCCCAUGUACUGUAACUGGAUCUCAACGUGUUUAUUUUAUGACUGGUGUGUGUAGGGAACUUGCAGGAGGGGUCUGUAUGGGGUUAUGCCAGACUGACGCGGUCUGUGGGGUUGCCUGAACUGAAUACAUCCUUUUGGCACGGUAGAAAUAGAGAUUUAUACAAGAGCAAUUUGGCAUUUUCUGUCAUGUCUAUGGCUCCCGCUAUCUCCAUCCAACGUGAUCACGCUGGCCGGGUCGAUGUUGACUGAGGAGUUGAAUCCGAACUAUGGAUAACCUCCGACCGCCGCUGGCAUGGCGGUCUGUGUCACUGCGAGAUCUGACUCUGGCAUUGUCUGACUGAUAGUUCCUGAUGUUUCUUUUGGUGACCAGAAUAAGUGUAUGCUUGGAUAACUUGGAGAAGCAAUCUUCAACGCAAUCAUGCAAAACAGUGAUAAUAUGUUGAAAGAUUUUGAAGAAGCAUUUGAAUCACGUU